CGCGAAUCGUUUAUGCGAUGGCGCCGUCGGAACCGUACGUUUUUCAACCGACACGUGAUUCAGUCCAUUAGGAAAAUGUUGCCCCGACUCGAGAGCGCCGGCAAAGUGCAGGUCAACGAUCUCAUACAGGAGCUGCACGACGUGUUUGUCCUCCACGAGAUGACGGGCUUUCCGUUGAAUAUGCCGUACAAUGACUUUGAUUCGAUCACUGAAGCCGUGUUCGCCACUGGAGUCCAUUUGGCCGAAGACAAGAGAGUGGAGUUCGCGCUCACAGUCUAUGUCCACCCCUACCCGUCCAGUAUAUUCUCGGUGUGGGUAUAUGUGGCCGCACUUACACGACAUUCAGACAUUACAUAGAUUU